AUGACUUUCACAGCCAAUAUCUGGGCCUGCUACGCUGGCGACAUUGUCUUCAAGUGCCUCUACAUGCUGCUUAUCACCAUAGCCAUGUGAGUGCAAAUAUAAUAAUGAUAAAUUGAGAAUUACUGCCGUCUGGUUAUGUAGAUAGAUCUAGCUAAACGCCUCAUGUCCAAAUUAAUGGAAAAGAUGAGCACUGCAAAUCUGGAAAUGACAUAGGGGCUGAUUCAAACUUAGGAAAUGUAAGCCUUCUCAAUAGUAACUAUUCAGACUUACCUUAUGCAGGUGCAUAAAUGGGAUUUGCAGGCAUGGUUCCCUUGCAUACGCUGAACACAUUUAAUUCAACCUCUGAAAACCCACCUACUUGCGGAGUUUUCAUUCAAUAGGGUUUUCAGUACAUUUAUCUAAAGCUAUCACUUUAAAUUUGGUGUACCUUUAAUUUGAAUUCUCUCCACAGAGUCACUAGAAUAUAUGGCGAGAACAUUCAGAAUAUUACGGAUCAAUGAAAGAAAGCCUUGUAAAUACAAUCAUAUUAGUCUCCUUUUAAGCACCAAUUGGUAGAUUUAAAAAUCCUCUGAUUUUGUAUAUUAUUUAGGGUUAGGAAAGAAUUUAUGAAUAAUAAAAAAAAUAAAAAAUAAGGUUAGUGUGCCUUUACACACUAAAUAUAUUGGUAAAUCAAAAAUACUUUGGUUUGAUUCAUACUGAAAGUUUACAUAUUAAAUUGUUCAAUCCAUUAAAUAUUGGAAGGUGAGGAAAGGGUACAAUAGAGGUAGAACCGUAUUCCUAUAAAUCUACCUUAAUAAUCCUCACUAAUCAUGGAACUGUGAUGACAACGGUCCAGUCAUCGUGAACCAUGCACCAGGCUCCAGGUUUAAACAGCUACAUAUGGUCUGAGUUCCAUAAUGAUUCAAAUAGGCUACAUGUCCCAAAUUAUUGCUUGUAAUACAUUAGCCUAAUAUGAUCCACUAUUGUUAGCGAUCCUCAGGAACAACCACACUAAUGUGAGAGAUGAAAGGUAAACAAACAAUGGAAUGGAAUGAUGCAAAAUGUAAAGAAACUAAAGUGAGUUAUAAAUGUAUUGGUAUACCUGACGAUGGCUACCGAUAGUGGCUAAUAUUCAACACGAUACAAGUUGUAAAGAAAUACAGUGAAAAGUCUGGGCAUAUAAUUAAAACAUUCUAGAAAUCAUAAAUAAACUCGGUCAUUUGCGCAUGGCUACAGAAGCCUAUAGCUUGGGUCUCCCAAAUUCAUCCCUGCAGGUUAUAAGGUCAGCAUUUCAUAAACCUCACUGUUGGAAAAUUGAUAUGUUGAUAUCCUUCAGUUUUCUGCCAUAUGACUGGUUUUACAUUUGUCUCCAGCGAUCAUAGGGUAAAAUAUAUUUACAAUCCCCUUAUCCAAACAACUUACUUAUUUACCUAGCACUUAUCAAUUUGUAAAUUACAGUGCAUGGAGAAUGGUGUUAUUUCUAUUGGGAAAAAUAAAGUAGGCCUAGAUGUUGCUCCACUUAGAACAGACAGGUUGCUCAAUGUUAUUCAUCGUUUCAUCAUGCGUAAAGGUGCUGGAAUUAUAAGGGAAUUAAGCCAAGGUCAGAAUACAGCAUAUCUGUAGACACCUCUGCCAAACCUACAUUUCUGUGAUCUCCAUCCUGAACGAAAAGCUGGCUGUGGAGUAGAGAAAAGAACCAUUUGCAUGCGCAUCAUUUGGGUCUGAAUCGGCCCCAUGGUGUUCAUCUAUUUAUUAUAUUAAUUUUAGAUUGUGGGAUAUAGCUGGAUCUCAAAAAACUAAUGGCCUGGGACGUGGACCCCUUUUUAGAUCCGAAAUGUAACGAAAUGACCCAUUAAUAUUUGGUAGAGGGAAAAACAUGUGCCCUCUUUCCUUCCAGGUUCCAAAUUGCUACUGAGAAACUGCACUGAUCUUCGGAGCAAACAAUUUUGGGGCUUUGGUCCUUCAGACUUUCAUCACAUCCAUUGGGCAUCAUCCCACAGGUGAGUUAACACCUCAAGUGUCACAGGACAAUAAUAAGACCUGCUUGCUAGCCCUACAACUGAAGAGUAAGGAAAAAGCUUUAUACCUCUCCACUCUUUCUUGCAGUUCACCAUUUAUGGAAGCUACUUCUCAGCCAUCGCUGUCAUUUUCUUUCUGAGGGGUGUGUACACGAUUAUGAGUGCGGCAAAGCCACAGAGACUCCACCACUGCAGAGGAGCAGCCUCCAAGUCUGAAAGACAGUGA